UGUCAAGACCUUACUGAAUUACUCAGAAUAGGCAAAAUGUACUCCAAGCUUUGUCAAUAAAUUUGUUAAACUGAAAAAAAAAGUUGUCUAGCUGCUAGCGAUUUUUUUUGCUGAUUUAACUAAUGUCUGGAGGAUUUCUAGCGGUUUUAGUUAUAUAAUUAUACUUACAAAGGUAUAGACAGUCAGUGAAAAGAUCUCACUCUUGUGAAGUGGAAUGAAGUUUCACAUAACUAAAUGGACGCAUCACAUUGUAAUCCAUUCAAGGAGUUGGCAGAGUUUGCUUUAUCAGUUCUCGUCAUACUCGACUCUAAUGCUGAAGUAGAAAUGAUAUUCAGCCAAUUAAAUAAAGUGAAAAAAUAAACUUCGAAACAGAAUGGGAAUAAAAACGGCUAAUGCUCUUCUUGCAAUACGAGCAGGUUUGAAAAGAAAUGAAGAGUCUUGUUUUGAAUAUGAAAUACCGGCUGAUAUCUUGAAAUGGAUUGGAACUAGCAAUGCAUACUGUCAGUGAACCAAUCCUGAAAUCAACACCAAGAGCAAGUACAUCUCGACAACGGGCUGCUGCUGGCCAAUGAUCCUAUGAAAGAAUUCCUAUGGGACCUGACUACCUGAUGGAGGUGGAGUGGAGGAGAGUAUUGUGGAAGAAACAACCAUUUCCCGAUAACCAUGUAGGGGAUUCUUUUCUGAGAGUCAGCAAGAAACGUAGAGAACUGUUGUUUUCCGAGACGUUAUAUGGUGCAACAGCUGUCACUCAAGAAAUAUGCAGCUGUCUGGGACUGGUGGUGGUGUUCUUUGGUAUAUCAGAGCGUAACGUGAAUGCUGCUGGAGUCUUAGCAUUAACAGCAUCUCUGGGCAUUAUUGGCUACAUUUUAACAAGAGCCCAGCUUGCCUCUUCAGCUAAGGAUGAUGUUAAGGUGGCUUGUUUCUAUGUGGUUUUGAUCGCGUGUGCAUCUCCUGUGGUCAAGAGCUUGACAGGCAGUGUUGCAACAGAUUCCAUUAAUGCCUGCACCACUUUUCUGCUAAUUUUGCGCCUUGUGGUUCAUGACUAUGGAACAACAGUUGCUAUAGUUAACCCGACUGUGUCACACAAUGUGGGAGUGUUCGCAUCUGUUUGUUUGGCUUCCAGACUGGAUAGUGACCUUGAUGUGUUUACCUUAAUGACUGUGGCUGUAGCAUUGUUUGCACUCUUCCCCAGUUUCAGAAGAUACUGCCGGGUUCAGCUGGGGAGAUGUUGGGACCUGAUAACAACAGUAGUGGUGGUGGUGUGCACCACCUCAGGGAUUCUACUCUUUGCUCCACAUCUCCUACUCAUAUUUUUUUUAGCUUUGUUCCUUUGCAACUUCUUCAUCCCGGCUCUAUUCAUCCACUUGCAGAGUCAUAAACAAAAUAUAUAUGGUCCAUGGGAUGAGGCUCAGAUUGAAGAUAGAUGAAGACACAUCAUCACCAGCACAAUACAUUGCUGCUUCAUAUUUUCAAACUGGGUGGUACUGUAUUGCAGCAACACACUUGCCCCUCUCUACAGUACCCUGAGUCCAAUCUCCAGCCCUGGUCAGAUGUGAGAAGGAUGUUAUCCAGUGUGACUUCCAAACAUUGCAGGGUUUCUCUGGGUACUCCAGUUUCCUUCUGUACUAACACUGGACAAUGAAGGUAACAAGGAACAGAAUGACUGCCCAAAUGGCUAAUAAGCUGGUAAGUGGUGGAAAUGAUAAACAAGAAAAUUUUAAAAUAAUAUUCAUUACAGUACAGCACAUUAUUCUUGAAUUUUUUUAAAAUUUUGUGAUUCUGCUCUGUGUUAUUUUUAUAUUCACUAUUUUUUUUUUCAACUUUGUCAAGUAUGUGUUUUAGUAAUGCAGUUAAAGGAUGUAUAUUACAGCUAUGAGAGAUAUUUGUUUUUUAAAUACAAUUUCAAAUAUUCUUAUUACAUGUACCAGCUUUAAGAAUAUUAAAAAUAUUCAGCUAUUGUGUUAUAUGAAUAUUUGAGGAUGUUAGGAAGACAUUCAUAUUCAUUGUACUUAAGAUUUUUUAUUUUUUUUGCUGAGAUAUAUGUGAGGGAUGCAUUCUUGAAAACCCUCGCAUAAACCAAAAUAGCGUAUAUCAAAUACUUAGUUCAAUGGAAAAAAAAAAGAGAUGUUUCUUUACCCAAAAUGAAAAUAUUCCAGACCCAUUUUCAAUAUAAUUUCAAAACAAAUAAACCAUAAAAUAAAUCACUAUAAUAUAUAUAUUUUUUGAUACCGCAAUAGAUAAAGCAAGUGUACAGUACAGUGUCCUUAACAAUAAAAACAGAUACAUCAACUUGGGUAGACGAGAUGAUGGAGGUGGUGGUAGAGGUUUUACGUCGUGGGUGAUGGUAGCUCCUACACUACUCACGUAACCCACCAAAGGUUGACACCAAUCUUCUGAUGUCAAUCACUGUCGACAUAAACCAAGUAACAAGACAAUGGACGAGUUCAUGGGUGUUUGCUUGUGGGGGGCAAGAGGGGGCAGUUGCCCCCCCCUGAAUCUGGCUUGUGUCAAAAUAUAUAAGCAACAAAUACCCAACAGAAGAAGGGGAUUUAGAGUCUGACAAAAACGAAGGAAAGGAAAAAGAAACACUAAAAUUUUAGCCCACCGAGCCUGACUGUGGGGGAAUGCCUAUCCCCUUGUGCCCUCCCCCCAUCCCCCCGGAAAAUUCAAGCAGACACUCUUGGACGAGGUGAUGGUUCUGGGGAAACAUAUUCAACACACUCUGUGACACUGUUAGAAGAAUACAAUAUGUAUUGUUUUUAAAUUAAAGUUGAAACCAACAUGAUUUAAACGUGAUAAGUUAAAAUAUUUUUGGCACUGAGGAAACGGCAACCAUAUUGACGAUGACGUCAAAAGCUAGAAGCAGAUGACCCACAUAAACCUGCAGUCAAGGAGUUUACAGCAGAUGGCCACUUCAGAUUGCAUCAGCCUGUUCAGCAGUGACAGUCGUGGGUGUGAGUGAGGAGAUGCAGGUGUUUGUGUUGGUGGUGGCGGCGGCAGUGUUGGCCGCCCGGGUCACCGCAGCUCCCCAAACUGUCUUACCUGUCGUGGACUCUCCAGAGACACACCUCUUCAAGUCCCUCACUCCUGUUGAGCGGCAGGUGAUGGUGCAGAUGGCUCUCUCCCAAUCCAGCACUCCCAACGCCCGGAUGAUGGUGGAUAAACCAUCGACUUUUCCACACGGUGAUAACAAGCUGGUGACCUUGGCGACAGCUCUACGACUGUGGCUCAGAGCCAGUUGGCAGUUGACACCAGAACAGAUGAAAGAAAUCUUAGAGACGGGCAAACUCUGCAAUGAUGAUGGAAAGUGUAUUGACUUCAACGUUGACUGGAGCCACAACUGUUGCCCCUUUGGUUAGUAAACAAAUUGCUCAUCAAGGAAUGUUUUAUGGUGUUUACAACUAUAGGUGGUAAUUUGAAUAAAGAAACCAACUAAA